GUAGUCACACAUCCCGGCUGGGCGAAAUACGCAUGCCUGAACUGAAUAAGCGGUUUUUUUGUGUGUGAAAGCGACCAAUUUAAAUCCGACAUCUGUUUAAUGAUUAAGCUUUUAUUGCCUUUUUACGUCAGUCUGAGAUGUUUUAGGAGAUUAACGAUUUAUCUGCGAGGACGGGAUUAACCAGGCAGUUCAGUCCGUCAGGAAACUGCAAGGUGUCGGAUUAACAGUGUUUUGCAGAUUUAUAUAUAGGCAUACUCAGUUGUGCUUUCAGCCGGGAUGUUCAGUGUGCUUCCCAGAGCAGCUGGCUCUGCCCUGAGGCAGACUCGGCUGCUGUUUGCCCGCACAGAACCCCGCAUGGCGCUGCAGCUCCGCUGUGCAGCCUCUGCGACUCUCCGCUUGCUCGAAGACUGCCUCGAGGUCAGCUGCGGAGGGACGCCGAUGCGUUUCAACUACGUGUGGCUGCGGGACCACUGCCGCUCAGCGUCCUCUUACAACUCCGCAACCCACCAGAGGAGCCUGGACACCGGGAGCAUAGAGCUCACUCUGCGCCCUGAGAGCUCCGCGGUGGAAGACGGUCAGCUCGUCCUCACCUGGCCUGGUGGCCACGUGUCAAAGUUCAGCCUCAGUUGGUUGGCUGAGAACAGCUAUGAAGGAAGGAAGACGGUCAUGGAGCAGCCGUGCGUCCUGUGGAACGCUAACAUCUACCAAAACGCUUGCAUAUCAGCAGCCAAAUGGGACAAGUUCAUGAGCUGCGACAGCGAGUUGAAGAAGUUCCUUCAGAACUACCUCUGGUAUGGAAUUGCCUUUGUGGACGACGUUCCGGCGACAGUGGAAGCCACUGAGGAAGUCAUCAGGAGAGUCAGUCUGAUCAGAGAGACUAUUUAUGGGAGAAUGUGGAGUUUUACAUCCGAUUUUUCCAGAGGCGACACUGCUUACAGUCAGCUGGCCCUGGACCGUCACACUGACACUUCUUACUUUCAGGAGCCAUGUGGAAUCCAGGUGUUUCAUUGUCUCCGACACGAGGGUACUGGAGGGAAGACGCUGCUGGUGGAUGGAUUCUAUGCUGCGGAGAAGCUCCGCCAGCACUUCCCAGAGAACUUCGAGCUGCUGUGCUGCGUCCCCAUCAGGCACGAGUACAUUGAAAACACAGAAAAUCACCAAAACCACAUGAUGGGCAUUGGCCCCGUGCUCAACGUCUACCCUUGGAACAAUGAACUCUACAUGAUCCGAUAUAACAACUAUGACCGGUCAGUGAUGAACACGAUCCCCCACGACACCAUCCGACGAUGGUAUGUAGCACAUCGAGAGCUCACCACAGAGCUACGGCGGCCGGAGAACGAGCUGUGGGUGAAACUCACUCCAGGGAAGGUGAUUUUUAUUGACAACUGGAGGGUCCUACAUGGGAGGGAAUCUUUCACCGGCUUGAGGCAGCUUUGUGGAUGUUAUCUGACCCGAGACGACGUCCUCAGUGCUGCACGUCGCUUUGGACUACAAGCCUAAACAUACAGAUUCUGUCAUUUCAGUGCCUUAAUCGUCUGCCUCUGUCACACAGAUUUCAUCACGUUGGACUUGGAGUCCAGUCCAGGAGGAUGUUCUGCUUUGCUCAUAUACAUUUUGUAAUAUUGCUUGUUUUUAAAGAUUUUUUUUUAGAAUUUUAUUUCACCUGAAAAAUAUUCUCAGGUGAUAAUUUGAGCAGUGCCGUGUGAGAAGCUCAACGUUUUUGGGAUAUUGUCUUAGAACCUAAUCCUUAAGAUCAGGGGUGGGCACUCCUGGUCCUCGAGGGCCGGUGUCCUGCAACUC